AUGGCCAGUCAGGAAGACCGCGAUGUCUUGAUAUCAGAAGACUAUGGACAUGUCCCCAAGCCGUCUAUUGCAACAUAUGAACGAAUCUGCGCUCACUAUGCGGAAGUGAGCCAGUCUUCACCAGAAGCCGUACUGCCAGCCCUAUAUUCAUUGGAUAUUCUGCACGGUUUCCUAUUCUUCACAAAGGUAGCUUCGAAGUUCGAAGCUCGUCGUGGCUUCUUUACAUCGCUGUCGCUGCCAUUGGAAGCCAGUAUUCUCGACUUUCAAGCCGGAAUACCAUAUUUUUUAACCUGGUGA